AUGGCUCAGUAUAAGGGUGCCAUCAGUGAGGGGGGCCGCGCCAUGCAGUUGAUGAAGAAGCGGGAGAAGCAGCGGGAGCAAAUGGAGCAGAUGAAGCAGCGAAUCACUGAGGAGAACAUCAUGAAGUCCAACAUCGACAAGAAAUUCUCUGCUCAUUACGACACAGUGGAGGCUGAGCUCAAGUCCCGCACUGUGGGUCUUGUGACCCUGAAUGACAUGAAGGCCAAGCAGGAAGCGCUGGUGAAGGAGCGGGAGAAGCAGCUGGCUAAGAAGGAACAGUCCAAAGAACUUCAGCUCAAGCUGGAGAAACUGCGAGAGAAGGAACGCAAGAAGGAAGAGAAGCGGAAGAUCUCCAGCCUGUCCUUCACUUUGGAUGAGGAAGAGGAGCCCGAGGAAGACAGGGGUGAGGAAGAUCUAGACCGGGAAGGCAGUGUAGACAUGAACAAGAACAGGGCAGGUUCCUACCUUCAGCGUGUUAACAAGCCCAGGGGAGAUGGGAUCUCUUCAAAGAAGAGAAAAUUAGGCAAGAACCCAGAUGUGGACACAAGCUUUCUUCCUGACCUUGAUAGAGAGGAGGAGGAAAAUAGGCUCCGAGAGGAGCUUCGACGGGAAUGGGAGGCUAAGCAACAGAAGAUCAAGAGGGAAGAAAUUGAAAUCACGUUUAGUUACUGGGAUGGCUCUGGGCACCGAAGGGCGGUAAAGAUGAGGAAGGGGAACACGAUGCAGCAGUUCCUGCAGAAGGCUCUAGAGAUCCUUCGGAAAGACUUCAGUGAGCUAAGGUCAGUGGGAGUGGAGCAGCUCAUGUACAUCAAGGAGGAUCUGAUCAUACCUCAUCAUCACAGCUUCUAUGACUUCAUCGUCACCAAAGCCAGAGGGAAGAGUGGCCCACUCUUUAACUUUGAUGCCCAUGAUGACAUUCGACUGCUCAGUGAUGCCACAGUAGAAAAGGAUGAGUCACACGCAGGAAAGGUGGUGCUAAGGAGUUGGUAUGAGAAGAACAAGCAUAUUUUCCCAGCCAACCGCUGGGAGCCCUAUGACCCAGAGAAAAAGUGGGACAAGUACACCAUCCGAUAA